GGGAGUUUGUUACGUCCCCGGAUUGCCCCCGGAUUGAUACGUCGGUAUCGCGUAUAGUACCCCUGCCUGGAAAUAUUGACGCCCAGUUAUUUAAGGCGACUCAUCGCAGGUUCCACAGACAGUUCAGUGGCUCACCAUGAGUCUAUUAAAGAUCCCCUUCAUCGUAGCUUCGGUCAUUGGCAUCCAUGUUUCGUUCAGUUCUUCUGCUCCGCCACCGUCACCUGAAGAGAAGAUGGCGCCCACCAGGUUCGAAUCUUGGAUGUCAUUGUUUAUAGGACUUCGGGAAGUAGAUAUAAAGAAGUUCUCCAUAUGGGCAGUAUCGACUGCUGAAGUGGCUAGCAUCUUGGCCAUGCAUAUAGAUCCUUCCCAGAUUCCAGUGGGCAUCUAUGGCGCCAAAGCUUUGCAGUUUUUGCGCUCUCUCCACCCCACGCCAAUCACCCCUGCUUUCCUUUCCGGCAGUCUUGCUGUCACGAUUGGCGGCUUGAUCAGGCUUUAUUGCGUGUCGACUUUAGGGAAGUGCUGGAGCUGGCCGCUCAGCAUCAGAAAAGAUCAUAGACUUGUGACAAACGGGCCGUACUCGCUCGUUCGCCACCCAAGUUACACCGGGUUCCUUCUCCAAUAUAUUGGGCUCAUCGCCAUGUAUGGAGAACAAGGAUCGUGGUUGAGGCAAUCUGGGAUUCUACAAGUCCCUUUCAUGAAAUUGCCAGUAGCGAUAAACUUCUUCUUCUAUGCAAUAGGUGCUUGUCUUGCUAUCAGCCGGCCUCCAGUGGAGGACAAGAUGCUCCAGAGUGCGCUGGGAAAAGAGUGGGAUGAUUGGGCAAAGAGGGUGAAGUACCGAUUGAUUCCAGGGGUUUAUUGAUCACACAUACAUCAUGAUCAAGAGUAUGUAUUAUUUACAAGUACUUUU